UAAUCCCGGUGUCUCAAUCUUCAACCCUGCAAUUCAUCAAGCCUCGUCACUACAGCCCGCCUCCCUUGAUAUGAACGACGCAGGAGCAAUGUCCAGGUAUCUUUUCUUACACACUUAGUUGUGCAGCGUUGUGGCUGUGGUCAUUUGCCAGCAGAAGGACCUUUAUCACAUUCCGUGAGACGGUCGUCUCCAAACCGCCAGGAUGGUGAACAUUACGGAAAAAAUCAAGGAGAUCGAGGCCGAGAUGGCCCGAACUCAAAAAAACAAAGCCACAGAGUACCAUCUGGGCCUGCUGAAAGGGAAACUCGCUCGACUUCGAGCACAACUUCUCGAGCCUGGUCCAGGAGCUGGAUCUGGCGGUGGCGCCGGCUUCGAUGUGUCGAAGUCCGGUGACGCCCGAAUCGCCCUUGUCGGAUUUCCCUCUGUCGGUAAAUCGACGUUCUUGUCGAAAAUCACAAAAACCAAAUCAGAAGUAGCAGCAUACUCAUUUACAACACUGACAGCCAUUCCCGGCGUCCUCGAAUAUGGUGGUGCAGAAAUACAAAUCCUAGAUCUUCCAGGUAUUAUCGAAGGCGCGUCAGAAGGCAAGGGAAGAGGGCGACAAGUCAUCAGUGCCGCCAAGACCUCCGAUCUGAUCCUGAUGAUCCUCGACGCUACGAAACGUGCCGAACAACGCGCUCUCCUGGAAGCCGAACUAGAAGCUGUGGGUAUACGACUCAACCGUGAACCGCCCAAUAUCUACCUCAAGCCCAAGAAGGCGGGCGGCAUGAAAAUCACAUUCCAGGCACCACCAAAAUAUCUGGACGAGAAGAUGUUGUACAACAUCCUGCGCGACUACAAAAUGCUAAACGUCGAAGUUCUGGUGCGCGACGAGAACGCCACGGUGGACGACUUCAUCGAUGUCAUCAUGAAAGACCAUCGCAAAUACAUCCGGUGCCUGUACGUGUACAACAAGAUCGACAGUGUGACGGUCGAUUUCCUAAACGAACUUGCCCGCGAACCCAAUACGGUCGUCAUGUCGUGCGAGUUGGACUUGGGCAUUGAUGACGUGGUCGAGCGGUGCUGGACGGAGUUGCGGCUCAUGCGCAUCUACACGAAACGACAGGGCAUAGAGCCCGAGUUCCACGAAGCCUUGAUCGUGCGGAGUAAUAGCUCGAUCGAGGAUGUGUGCGACCAGAUCCAUCGCACAUUGAAGGAGACGUUCAAAUAUGCUCUUGUCUGGGGCGCGAGUGCCAAACAUAUCCCGCAGAGGGUUGGGCUGGGGCAUGUCGUUGCAGACGAGGAUGUGGUGCAAGUAGUGAGUGCGUGGAAGGCAUGAAUAGCAAUGACAAACAGGAAGUACGAUACCCAGGAUAACAUA